GAGGCGGGGGAGGCGGCGGCGGCGGCUGGUGCUUGUCCUUCGCGGUAUGAAAGAAGGUGCAGGCAGAAACGCCGUGUGCUGGCUGCUCCGUCCGUUUUGGGUUUUUUUGUUUCCCCCAACCCGAAAUACCGGGAUUUCAGCCUGCUCUGGGGCUGAAAUACUUGCGUUGGAGAUGAAGCCUUCAGCUUUGAGCGGGGCGUCCGGCAGAGCUGGUACCAGACGCUUUCAGCAGUAACACCGCGGCUUUAGAACUUACAAACUGCAGAAUUUAAAAACUUGGAAGAGUCUGAGCCCGUGUAAAACCCCGUCUCGGUGUCGCUUGACGGGGGAUUGGAUUCGGUGUCCUUAGGCGCAUCUUGCGCGUGAACUUCCUCAUUCUUCCCGUUGUAUUGUUAGCUGAAGCAAAUCACUUCUACUGGCAUGGCAGCACGGAGGGAGCACCAGGCCCCUGCCGCUUGGAGGAACUGCCCGUCCAAGAAAAACAAUGGUGGUGGUGGUAUUUUUCUAGCAGUUUCCAGACCUGUUCACUCCCCCUUCUGCCUGACUUCCUGCUGCAGGCUAACAAAACGACGACUCUACGUCGAUUUGGUGAGAGUAGUAAAAGAUACUGAAAAAACCUGUGGAAAUCUCAUAUGCUUGGUAGGCUUUGAUGCUUCCCUAAAGCACUGUAGUAAGAGGAAGUCAGGAGUAAUUAAACUGAAAAAAAAAAAAAAAAAGAAGAAGAAAAAGGUGUGAACAACGUGUUCGUAUGGAAAAUAAUAUUGAGUCUUUUGGAGAAAUUACAUCAUUUUUAUAACAAGCCCUUCUGAUCCUGGACAGUCUUGCUUUGUAUAUUAAUUACAUAGGUAAGCAUUGGCAGGCUGUGUAUUUCAGAGGUGAAGACAUAUCAUAAAAUAGGAGGUAUUUCAAUUGUCCAAUUACUCUUGAGUUCAUGUGGCCCAGAGAAGAUGUUUUAUUGGAGAUAUGAGCAGUGACAAAUAAGGAUACCAGUACAAAUCAAUCUUUUAAUUCAUCAUUUUAAGUUGGGAGAAGAGCAUUUAUAUGUAAUAGGUCAACAUCUAGUUGUCCUGGUCAACUUCUCAUAAUUCACCAAACUGAUCUCCACAUGGCAUACAAAUAUUUACAGGGUGGGUCCAAGGUGUCAAAAGCGAAACGAGGCGUACAUGACUGUGACUCACAGGAGAGAAGGAAGAUAUAAAAGCAUUAGUUUUGCCACUUGAAAGCUAUUGUCAUUGAAGACUUCUUGCUAUCAGACCUGCAGUGCUUUGCUUCAAAAGUAAGUUAAAAGGACAACUUCUUUCCUUCAGAAGAGAAGACUUUCUGGAGCUGAGGACAUGGAGGAUGAAAGUCAUCCAUGCAUACGCUUAGAGAAGAAAGAUUUGUGUAUGUUUCUAGCUCUUCUUAUGGAAGACUCUCCAGAGUGUCAUGCCCCAUCUGACCAGUUCAAUAAGACUGGGAUUGUAAUAUGUGAAUCAGACAAAGUACACAAAAUGGUAGCUCUGAGUUUUUCCAUACCUGGGUUGCAUGCUGUGCAACAAAUCAUUCGAUGUCUUCCCUCUUUGUUGCGUGACUGCACUGUGUAUUUUUCCAGGAAACCAUGCACAACUUGUACCACAUUCCUCAUUCAAGGUUCGGUUUCUUCAGUCUAUUACUGGCCAAUGGCUCCUGAAAAAAAGGGAGAUUCAGUGGAGGAAGAUACUCAACAAGCUGACCAUAUGUUUCUUAGAAGUCAUAUAAGUAGCAGUGUGCUCUUACCCAUGACAAGCUUUGAAACUGUGAAAAUGAUUGCCAAAAAAAUACAAUGCAAAGAAGAGCCGAACAUCAAUUUUAAGUCUUUUGAUCACAAAACUGAAGAAUUUAAAAAAAAUUUUCCACUGUUUAACAUACAUAGCUCUGAAGAUACGUGUGUCAGGCUGGUGGAAAAUGCUUUACGUUGCUAUUAUUUUUUACGUAAUUGUUCCCAACUUGAGAAAAAAGAACCUGAUGAAAACGUUCAUCGACAUGCUUUGCAGCUUUGUUAUUUUUUAGCAGCAAGAUCUGAUGAUCCAAAUCGAGGUGUGGGGUGUUCACUCUACAGUCAGGACGGAUAUUUUUUUGGGGCAGGUUAUAACGGAUACCCCAUUGGCAUAUUAUAUGCAAACUUGCCCCGUACAGGGAGAAAAAACCGAAAGGCUGGAACUGCAAAACGGGAAGUUGUUCUACAUGCUGAAGCAAAUGUUCUUCUUUACAGAUCAAAGCUCAAAGUAGAAGAGAGUGAUGUUCUUUACUGCACCAAACCUCCCUGUCGUGACUGUCAGAACCUUCUGAAAGAUGUGAAAAUCAAGACAAUUCAUUGUGUACAAGAAUCAUCCAAACAAAUUGGAGAUCACCUAGAUGAUUUAAAGAAAAACUUUGACUAUCAUGAGGUAGGUUUGCAUAUUGAAGAUUAGACACAGGGUUGUAUUAUUAAAAAGUAUUUUUGAACAUUUAUAUAAUAAAAGCAUAGAGUAGUUUGAUAUGUGACAUCCUUCUGGUUU